CAGUGCCCUCCCCUCCUCCCUGCAGGGCCGAGUUCAGGGCCGAGGUGCUGCAGAAGAAGCGGGAGGAGCGCCUGGGCGGGGAGAACUCCGCGGAGCUGCUGGAGGAUCACCGGCGCCUGAUGGCCUGGAAUGACGAGGAGAACGCCCGGCAGCGGGCACGCAGAGAGGAGAGACUCAGGAAAGAAGCGGAGGAAGAGAAGAAGAGGAAGUUGGAGGUCAUGGAGAAGCAGGCCAGGAAAAUGGAGGCCUUCAUGAAGGAGAAGGAGAAGGAGGUUCUCCAGCUGCAGGAGGAAGCCAAGAGCUUCAUCACCCCCGAGAAUCUGGACGCGCGGAUCGAGGAGUGCCUGGAUAACCCACGCAACUACAACUUCGCCAUCGACAAGGACGGGCGGGUCGUCAAGCGCACGAUGCUGUCGUAGCAGCCCCAGGAUGGGGCUCCUGGCCCACUUUGUGCCCAGAACCUCCCCCCACACCUCCAGAAGACCUGGAAUUCUUCUUUUUAGUGUAUAAAUUGACCACGGAAGUGGUGCAGAAAGGCUGCAGGGUCUGGCUGUGCUGCUUCCGAAGGGCGGAACGCCUGCGGGAAAGGGGGCGAGGGUGGAAAACUUGGGCUCUUUGGAGGCUCCAGCUGCCUGGCUCAGCCCUGUGUGGCUGUUGCUGUGCCUGUGAUUCCACCUCCCACGAGUUUGGAUCCCUGCUGCCUUCACACGCAGCGUGUGGGGAGAGAAGCAGGAGCGGUCCUGAGGCAGAUCCUGGCUCUGAGCUCCGUGCUGUCAGCCCCUCUGGAUGCUUCCGAAGGCAAACGAGGGCUGAAUGGAUUUUUAGGGAACACUUGCCCUCGUCUUUUUUUUUGUUGUUCGGUGAAAGGAUUAAUUGUUCCUCCUGAUUUCUGCUGGGCUGGAGGGGCCUGUCAUCCCUCCAGCUUUGAACCCUCCUUUGCACAUCCCUUGGUGUGGCUGAAUGAGAAAAUAUGUCUGAAUGAUCUG